AUGGCUGCAGGAUACGAUCCUAGCGAUCCAAAUGUUUUCUCGGCCUAUGGCCAUUAUGGGAUGCAUCCAUCAUAUUCUCAAUAUUAUACCGCAGACUAUGGGACUGGGUUUCCUGGAACACCGCCUCUUCAAGGGCAGACAUCACCAUCUCUUGCACCACAACCUUUGAGUCCUUACUUUACUGCUACUAGUCCACCGAUUGCUUAUUAUCCCACAUCACCUCAAGUCGGCCCGACUGGAAUUAUCCACUCACCUCCCAUGCAUCCGUAUUUAUAUUCACCACAAUCUCCUUAUGGUGUACUUCAUACGCUCUCGCCUACUCUCUCACAAUCAUCCUCAUCUGCUCCUAAUUCUCCGCCCCCACAAUAUUUACCUGGUCCUGGUGUCCCUUCACCUAAAGCUGGCCCUUUAAAUGGCAAUGGUCGUGGUAGUGUCAACCGCCCCCCUCACUAUAAUUAUGACAGAAGAAAUUCUGGUUCCCAUCAGAUACCUAAUCUUCCCAAUUUUAAUAAUCCGACAAAAACUACUAAUAUUUAUAUUCGUG